UAAGGCAGAGACGGCAAUUCAAUUCAAUAGCCUUUGCAUUCGUUGUUGGUACUCUCUGUGUGUGUUUUCAAUCAGGCGAGCGGCGUACGAACUCAUCUUUUCCGCAUUGAUACCAACAAAACACGGCGAUACGCUAACAAUAAAGAAGCGUAUGCAGCGCCGUUUGUUUAUUUUUUACUAACUAAAAGCAACGGCAAAACAAACCGAAUAACUCGCCGCGUUUCGCGUUGCUUCGCUGCAAAAACACACGUUAACUUGGCGUUGUUUCGUGUUCGUGCGUGGUGUCGUCGUUGGAAUCGAUGAAUUUUGGAUCUCGGAGGUUUUUUUUUUAAUUUUGAAUUGGCGUGUGCUCUGGUGUCUGGUGCUUGCCGUGUGUAAAUACAUACGUACGUGCAAUAAUCAAUACAACCAACAAUUCAGCAACUAGCAACGUACAGCGUACGUCGUACAACAAACGGCGCAGAACAGUUUUACUGGCUUGAGACUCGACUCCGCUUCCACAGCCAUUCACAUAGUGCUGCGUUGGUGUGUGUGUAGUGCAAGAAGAAGACAGACGUGGAGAAGAGAAGAAGAGGAGUAGCCGCUAGUAUAGUAACUAUUCUUCGAAGAGACACCGUGUACGUCGAAAAAUAACUAAGUAAUACGCCAAUCCGCAAUCGAACAGUCGGAGCCGAUCCGAUCGCUCACAGUAUGGAGCACUUUCAUCAAAUACAGCAAACCAUUCAACACUAUCAGCAGCAACUGGCUGCGCAGCAACAGCAACAAGUACAACAGCAACAAUUGCAACAGCACCAGGUGGUGGUGCAGCAGAAUCAGCAGCAGGCGCAUCAAAACAGCUCUAAUACCACAGCCGGCGUGGGCACCCAACAGCUGUUCACAUACAAAAUGGCCAGCAGUUUUCCUAAUCCGGCCACAACGAUGGCCCAAGUGGUGGCCACAUCGAACGCUGCCGGCACCACGGGUUACGAUUACCGUCUCAAUAUGGCCCAAGCGGCCGCAGCUGCCGCCGUUCCCGGUUCCCAAUGGUGGUAUUCGGCUGCCAAUCAGGGUCAGGUUGAUGCCAACACAGCGGCGCAACUGCAGCAGCAACAACAGCAGCAGCAACAGCAACAGCAGCAGCAGCAGCACCAGCAGCAACAACAGAUCCAACAGCAGCAGCAGCAACAGAACGUCAUCAACUCGGCUGGGAGUCCAAUGAUAAGAGGCAAGGCAGAUGCCAAACCCAGAGGCCGAAUGACCGCCUACGCAUACUUUGUACAAACUUGCAGAGAGGAGCACAAAAAGAAGCAUCCCGAUGAGACUGUGAUAUUCGCAGAGUUCUCACGAAAGUGCGCCGAGCGGUGGAAGACAAUGGUGGAUAAGGAGAAGAAGCGAUUCCAUGAGAUGGCCGAGAAGGAUAAGCAGAGAUAUGAGGCGGAAAUGCAAAACUAUGUGCCGCCCAAGGGUGCGGUUGUGGGGCGUGGCAAGAAGAGGAAACAGAUCAAGGACCCCAAUGCUCCGAAACGUUCAUUGUCUGCGUUCUUCUGGUUCUGCAAUGACGAGAGAAAUAAGGUGAAGGCUCUCAAUCCCGAGUUCGGUGUCGGCGAUAUUGCCAAGGAGCUGGGACGAAAGUGGUCGGAUGUGGAUCCUGAGGUCAAGCAAAAGUACGAGUCGAUGGCUGAGCGGGACAAGGCUCGGUAUGAACGGGAGAUGACUGAGUACAAGACAAGCGGGAAAAUAGCCAUGUCCGCACCGUCAAUGCAGGCGUCGAUGCAGGCGCAGGCACAGAAAGCCGCGUUACUUGCCGCCGCUGCCCAGCAGCAGCACCAGCAGCUGGAUGAGCAGCACGACGACGACGACGGCGAUGGCGAUGAUGACGAGAACCAAUAGGUUUAGCAGUAAAUAAUACUCUUCAACUAUUUAUACACACACACACACACACACUGUGUCGUUGUUGGUCAUCACAAACGAGGCGAAUGUGAACAUGAUGAUAUCGUUGGUUGAUCUAUUAUCAGGUUGGCCAAUGUGUGUUUUGAAUAUAUAUAUGUAUUUAGGGUGUUCUCUCUUUUUUUUUUUCUUGUUUUUCGGGUUUCCACUUUUUAAUAACGAUUCGAUGGUCACACGAAAGAAUUAUUUGAAUAAACAGCAAAACAGUGCUCUCUUUAGAUUUUGUAUCGAAAAUACAUUAAUUUUUUAUUUUUUAUUUUGAUGCAACUUGGUGCCUUGGUGCAAUCUAGUGGAAUCUCUUAAACCCAACUACCCCACGAUCGUAAACUGGACAAACAUUCCCAAAAAUGAACCUUGACUUUUGAGUUUAUAAUUUUUCCCCAAUUACCUUUUUUUUUUGAGCAUUGAAAUCGUUAUCGAAAUGUGGAACCUCGAUAACAAAAAAGGUACCCUUUAUGUAUAUAUAUGUAUGCAUAUAUAUAAAUAAUAUAGUUUUUUUUUUUUAACAAUAAGUAAUCAAAUUUCCAUGAAUUAUGAAAGAAAGAAAGAUAAAUCACAAAGAAAAACUUUUAUAAGUUCUAUGUUAAGAAUGAAUACGAUUAAGUAUGGUUAGAUUAAAAAACAAAAAAAAAACGUA